AUGCCGCGGAAUAACGCGAAAAGCAAGCGCGCGAAGCGACAGGCACAAGCGGCUGCCUCGGCGACGACCGAGGAGAGUGAAGCCACAGAGGCGGUGGAAUCAGAUUCGACGCUCCAUUGCUCCACAUCGCACAGAAAGGUGACCACGUCCCGGGCCGAUCCAGUCUCGCUGAAGAUCGACGUGAACUCUUUGCGGAUGUCGGACGUGCAGCUCCUGCACGGCCCGCACUGGCUGAACGAGGCGCUAAUGAACUUCUACUUUGCUUACCUCGCCGAGAUGAAGUACAAGGGGAACAAGGACUUUCUGUUCAUCACUCCCGAGAUGGGACAGUGCAUGCUCUACAUGGACGAACAGGAGCUGCAGGCGCUGCUGGUGACACAGCACGACGCGCGGCGCAAGCCGUUCAUCUUCAUUGCGCUGGGCGACAGCAAGUCGAACGAGCUGGGGGGCGCAUACUGGUCGCUUCUGGUGGUCUCCCGGCCGGACAAGUGCUUCUUCCACUUCGACUCGUAUGGCGGGAAUCACACGAGCACUUCCAUUGAGCUGAUGAACAACGUGAAGGAUGUGCUGGACAUGCGUCAGGCGCGCUUUCGUCCCAUGCGCUGCCUCCAGCAAUCCAAUGGAUACGACUGCGGCAUCCACGUCAUUUGCAUGGCCGACCAGAUAGCUGACUAUGUGAAUCGCUACGAGAGCGUCGAUGGCCUGCCCCCCUUGCAGCUCGACGUGGUCAAGGCGAAGCGCUCCGACCUCCUCAAGUUGAUCCACUCUCUUGGAGGGCGUACCUAGUACCUAAGACACUCCUCCUAUUCGCCACAUGGAAGCGGGAGCGGGAUCGGGUGCUCGCAGAAGUCUCAGGCAAAACGGGAUCGAUUUGCGUGAUCUGUGUUUGGCUUAAGCUCAAUAUUAAUUAAUUACUAUUAUGGAAUAAAUCGAAUAUAUAUAGCAAAUCA